AAUUUGCGUACAGCCAAUCAGCGGGAGAUAUGCAGAUUUUGACAGCUCUGAGAAGGAUCUUUAUCUGUAUGUUCUCAGAGCCGCGCAGGAACAGAACGAUCUAACCGGCGAAAAGAGCAGAAACGAGCUAAAAACAGCGUAUUUUACCGGCUAGUUUGGACCUUUUAGAUCGGAUUUACCUCAAUCCGUGCUGGAUUAUACGAGAAACAUGACUUUUGAGGACUUUAACGGAGAAUAUCCUGUGGAAAAGAUGGAUUCUGUGUCCAAAGCUCUGGAGGAGGUCCUCAGUGCAGCUUUGCUCCAAGGCUGCAUCACAGUUGGAGUUUAUGAAGCGGCGAAGUCGCUAAAUGUGGACCCUGAUAACGUGGUGCUCUGCAUCCUGUCCACCGACGACGAGGACGUUAAAGACGUGGCUCUUCAGAUUCACUUCACUUUAAUCCAGGCGUUCUGCUGUGAGAACUACAUCGACAUCCUGCGGGUGAAGAGCACCAGACGCCUGGCCGAGAUCCUCGGAGGAGGAGGAGGAGGAGGAGGGAAGCCUGGAGGAGAGCAGAUGGACUUCCACUGCGUCCUGGUCACUAGCCCACGUUCCUCCACGUGGAAGAACCCGUCUCUCUGGAAAGUGAACGACUUCUGCCAGCAGAGCCGCGACAGGGACCAGUGGGUUCCCAUCAUCAACCUUCCAGAACGAUGAAGAACCGAGACUUUAAAAAAGAAAAGCCUCUCAAAAAAAUGAGAAAAUGUAUUGAAAAUGCAAAUCCCAAAAGGCCCCGCCCCCUCCGGUCGCACGCGGUUCCAGGAAGUUGGACGGCAGCGCGGGGGAGGGGCUUUUUCGUCUCCGGCGAAAGAAAAAAGUCAAGGUGACUCAGCAGGUUUUUGUUUUUGCUUUUCUUGCGAAGAGUGGAGGAACUCGGCCAACACUCUGACUCCGCCAAUCAUGAAUCAGAGCCGGAGAAAUCUCCGAGAUUAUCUCAGGAUUUCUUCAGGAUUUUGUCAGGAUUUCUUCAGGACUUCUUUAGAAGGAGCUCCACCACAGAGGGGCCUUUGUGUUUUGUGUUUUGGAUGAAACAUGAAAGAUACAAAAAUAUAUAUAAAUAUAUAUAUAUGAACUUUUGCAAAGUCACUGUUUGUAUUUUCAGGAAAUUGUUUGUUGUAUUGUUUGUAAUACAGUGUAGCGUUGAUUUAUUAUUAUUAUUAUUAUUAUACAGUGUGUUAACAUUUUACUAUUAUUUAAACGUUAAUAAUAAUUUUUGUAGAACAAAAGGGGAAAGAGAUACUGAACCACUGAAAUGCUUUACUUUAACUUUUAACUUUAAAAUAACUUAAUUGUUCUUUCUUUAUUUUUUUUCCACAGUACAUUAAAUUAUUAUUUUAUUAAAUGUAUUAAAUAAUAUUAAUUUAAGAAGAAAAAGUCAAAAGUAUUUAUAUGUUAAGUUUAAGUUAAACUUUUUUAUACUGUUAAAACCUGCAGGCCUGUGAAUGGUACUUUUGAUGUAUUUUGUGAUGCAAUAAAGUAUAUUUUGAAAAAAACAAGCAAAAAAAAAAAGUAUAAUGCUUUUUUUCGCAGUGCAGAUCUUUCUACUGCCGCUUUCUGGAAGCACGUCUCACUCUCUUCACCUCCACACACACAAAUCACCGGAGUGUGAUCACACUCCGGCCUCGGUGAACUUGGUGACUCCCUAUUGGUCCAGACAAAAGCCUCCCCGAGCCUCUGGUCCUCAUUCUGCUUCAGUCAGCGAAACUCUGUCCCCAAACCCAUUCAGCUGUACAUCAGCUUCCCUUUUCAGCAGGUUCAGCUGCACAGCGCUGUAUUAUAUAGCUUUUGUAGUGCAGCCUCCCAUCACAUACGGCCUUCUGUGACCUUUAACUUUGAACUAUUUAACUACUUAUUUAAAGAUCUCAAUGCAUCGUGUUUUCAUUCAUUUUAAAAUCUAAAAAUAGUCUAGUUGUGGUAAAUCUCUAGUAUGAAUGAAUGCCAUGUGAAAAAAAGUGUUCCGGUGAUCCGGUUUAACGCUGCUUUAGUCUGGUUAAGAAGUGGGUUGUGAGAAAACGACAGAAUUUCAGCUUUUGCUCAUGAAUAUUCAUACAUGCACAGUAUGUAUAACAGUCUUUGCAAUGUCAUAUGUUACUUUACAACAUGUGUAAUAAAGUGCAGUUCAGCCACUGA